AGUGAUUUAGUAGACUAAGCUAUUUUAUUCUUAGUGCUGUUAUAAAAAAUUCUACGAGUUGUUUUAUUGUAACAAGCGGAUAACAUGCUCUAUCCGCCUGCAUUUAAUCUGUUUCUCUACAAUGCACUCCUCUGCCAUAUGAUCAAAUACGUGGACCGCUGUAUAGAUGGGCACAAGGGGCAAGCUAGCCUUUGGCACUAUGUACCGAUUAUUGGCGACUACCUGGUACCCAAGGAAACGAAUUUCGAUCCGUCCAUGGAGUAUAACGAGUUUCCAAAAGCCCUGUUGAAUCUGAAUUACUUGAUCAAUGCAUUGGCUCUGUUGCCGGGUCUUGUGCAGCAUCGAUGGCUGGCCUUUUUGGUGGCCCUAAUAGUCAUAUGGAAUCUGUUCGUAUUCGAGCGGGUGCUCGCCUUUCAGUUGACGCUGAUGUGGUCGCUGUGGUUGAAAGACAUAAGCUCCUUAACGUAUGCCGUUAUAAUAAGUUUCAUUGCGUUUAUGAACACCUUUCAUCUAAUUCUCAUCGUCGACUCGAUAAAGAUGCAACACGGCUGCUUGCGCACCACGGUGCCAAUUGCGAAUGAGGAGGAGGUGGCAGCAGAUGUUCCACCCCACGAUGGACGGGGUGACGGGCACUCGCCUUAAAAUAUUGUUUGUCCACUUAACUGGGUCGUUCGGCCCACACACAAAUUACUCACAGGCUUUGCCUCUAACCUUGGGGAAACGACGACAAUACACUACACUACACGUUGCAACUACAACUACAAACUGUAGGUCGUUUGGUUCAACUAAUAAAUAUGCCAAAAAUACGAAAAUACUCACACCCACGCACACACACCCCACACAUACACAACCCACACACACACACACACAAAGGCCCACAGACAUUUACAAAUGAAUCGCAGCUGAGGGCUCCUAGCCCUGAAAUAAAUCCAUUAAAUAUUUGCGGUUAAACGCACCAAAAACAAA